AUGUUAGCAUCUCAAACGUUACCAAUUGAGGUUCCAGAAGCAACUGUAGUUAAUGAGGAAGACUCAUCAUUAGUUGGAGAUGGAGAUGGAGAUGGCAGUCAAGUUGGAGUGAUAGUAGGUUGCGCCUGUGCAGCUGCUACAGUCAUAAUCAACCAAAGAGAAAAGUUGAAAAAGAAGAGAAUUAUGGAUAGCGAUGGAGUUUCAUGGUUUAGAGGUUCCAUUCUUGGUAAGGGGAGUUAUGGUUCAGUUUUUCUGGCAACUUCUAAGAACCCAAAUUCAAGUAAUUUGCCUCCCGUUAUGGCUGUAAAGUCUGCUGAUUUCUCUGCUUCUGCUUCCCUCCAAAAAGAGAAAGAGAUUCUUGAAAAUCUUCUUGGUUGUCCUUAUAUUGUUGAGUGUUACGGAGAAGAAACCACUGUGAGCGAGAAUGGAGAGAUGGCUUACAAUAUGUUGUUAGAAUACGCUUCAGGAGGAACCCUAGGUGAUAUCAUUGAAAAUUCUAAAUUUGGGUUGCCUGAGGAUGAGGUGAGGCGCCACACAAGGUCAAUUCUAGAAGGACUUUUUCAUGCUCACGAAGGUGGAUAUGUUCAUUGUGAUGUGAAGCCAGAUAACAUUCUUCUAAUGCCGACGAGUACAAAAAAAUUUGUGGCGAAAGUGGGUGAUUUCGGAUUGGCGAAGAGAGGGAGACAGAGGAAGAAACAGAGGAUUGAUCCUUUUUUGAGAGGAACUCCUCUGUAUUUGGCGCCAGAAACUGUGGUUCAUCAUGUGCAAGAACCCCCUUCAGAUAUCUGGGCUCUUGGGUGCGUGGUUCUUGAAAUGCUAACGGGCAAGAGUGCUUGGAAUGUGAAUAUGGGGACUGAAGAAUUAUUGCGUAUGAUUGGGGAUGAUUAUUCGUUGCCUGAAAUUCCAACUGAAAUUUCAAAAGAAGCCAGAGAUUUUUUGAAGGGAUGUUUGGUGAGAAAUCCUAUGUUCAGAUUCACGGCUGAGAUGUUACUGGAUACUCCUUUUGUACAAGGAUUAGAAGAAGAAUUGCAAUCAGUUGAAGAGGAUUUAAAGGAAGAAUGGUCAUUGAGUUAUGAAGAAAAUGAACAUGGUGCUUCAUCUUGUUCAUGUUCAGAAGCCUGUUCAAAUUUUGAAUUAGGAGAGGAGUGCUUAUUUUUAUAUUCGUCGCUGGAGGAUGAGAUUAGUGAGGAGGAAAAUGGUGGUUUUGAUGAAGUACCCAACAUAAUUUUUGAAGAUGCAGAGUUGAUGGAAGCUCUAAAAAAACCAGUACAACAGAGUCCUUCAAUCUUUGCCAUUCCUAUGGGUGUUUUUAACGGCUUGUGUUCAUAG